ACAAGUAGUCAAAUUAAAAGAACAUCUCUCAACAGCUCAGUUUUUAUUUGCAACAUAAUUGAAAGAGUCACAGCAAAGAAAACGCACAUAUAAAAAAUGUAUAAAUGAAACUCAAAGCUUUCCUUUCUAACACUUCCGCCGUUACAGUUACACCCUCCCUCCUGUCAGGACGAUUCAACUUCCUGCAAGAAUAGAAAAUUAGUACGCAUGCACUCACUACAAGAGCUCUACCGGCUAGAACGGAUCUGUAAGGCGAGGUUUUGGUGGUAAUUGUGGACAGCCUUGCACUGCAGUGGAUUUUAGGAACCAUGACUGACACAAAGCGACUUGCCUACUCCAUUGUCCAGUUUCUGAAACAGCAGUUAAGUUCUGGAGAACUUUCCUCAGAUGCACAAGAGAGUUUAGAAGUUGCAAUCCAGUGUUUGGAAACUGCAUUUAGUGUUUCUGCAGAGGAUCAUGAUCUUGCUGUGCCUCAGUCCCUCCCUGAAAUCUUUGCAUCAGCAAUAGAAAAGGGGCCACCCCAUAUAACUGUUAACUCUGUUAGUGCAACGCCAUCGGAGGAUGAUCUGGGAGAGGCUGAGAGAUUAAAAACAGAAGGUAAUGAACAAAUGAAGGUUGAAAACUAUGAGUCUGCAGUAAGUUUCUACACAUUAGCCAUUGACCGGAACCCCAGGAAUGCUGUAUAUUACUGCAAUAGGGCGGCAGCUUACAGUAAAAUGGGGAACUAUGAACAAGCUGUACAGGACUGUGAAAAGGCAAUAGAAAUUGAUCCCAAUUACAGCAAAGCCUAUGGACGAAUGGGAUUAGCAUUGGCUAGUUUAAAUAGACAUACAGAUGCGGUGCUGUACUAUAAAAAAGCCUUGGGUCUUGAUCCAGAGAAUGAAACUUACAGAUCCAACCUGAAGAUUGCAGAGCAAAAAAUGAAAGAAGCUUCCAGUCCUACAAAUGCAUUUGGUGGUUUUGACCUAGCUGGCCUGUUGAGCAAUCCUGGCUUUAUGAGCAUGGCCUCAAGCCUAAUGACAAAUCCUCAAGUACAACACCUAUUGUCUGGUAUGCUGUCAAGUCAAAAUCCACUAGGAACAGCUGGUGCUAACCCUACAACUAAUGAUCUUUCAAGCCUUAUUCACGCUGGCCAGCAGUUUGCUCAGCAGAUGCAGCAGGAAAACCCAGAAUUGAUCGAGCAGCUACGAAGUCAUAUCCGAAGUCGGACUCCUAGUGCCAGUAAUGAGGAAGCUCAACAAUAGCAAUAUACAAAGCAAAGGUCAAAAACAUAGGAAAACCACACACAACAGAGUGAUUUCUGAGCCUGGUCGUGAGGACUGGAAGUUGGAUAUCGUGUCUCUCUUGGGAGCUUGAUGAGCAUCAGCAUCUGUGUUUAGUACCUGCAUGUUGAGGCUUAUGUUAAAGAACCAGUUCGCUGUAAAUAAAAAACAAAAUGCUGCCAACUUUAUAAUUUCCUAAGGAUAAAUGAAUUCACCCUUUUAUAGAUUUAUUUCACGUAAUGUUUAGGUCUGCUCUGUACAGAGGUACUUGCUACAGCCAGAUUUGAACUAUUCUCUCGUUUAAAGGACCUGAAGAUGAGUGCUGCAGCAUGAUCGGAACCUCUGAAUCAGUCAACAUCAGCCUCAGUUCCUGCUCCCUCCUGCCCAUGUUCCAUCUAGUCAGAUUGUAAAGCUUGAAUAUGUGAUGCCAAUGUGCUUUUGUUUCCUGAGGCUAACAGCCCAGGUCUGGCAGUAUUUUAACCUCACCAGGGAAUUGGUAUAACAUAACUAAGCUCCUUUUGAAUAACAUACAAAGUGAUUAUUCAUAAGCCAAAUAGUUUUAACUACAAAAUUGCUUUUUUACAGGAACAGCAGUAUUUUAAGUGAAGCAUUAGCUUGAAAUUGGUUAUCAUUGACUUAGAGUUGCUUUAGAAUGUGACUGUUACGAUACAGAAGUGCAGUGGCCUCCAUUUUCAGAUUUUAUCAAAGCCCUUUAAAUAAAGGAUAUCUAUCUGACA